UACGAGUAUAACACAAUACUGCUUUCAAAUUACACUUGAAACGAGGCCGCCUAAUUGCUUGCCCGCCGACCGCCUUUGCCGGAGAGAGAGAGAGAGACAUGGGGACGUCGGUGCAGGUGACCCCGCUGUGCGGAGUGUACAACGAGAACCCGCUGUCGUACUUAGUCUCCAUCGACGGCUUCAACUUCCUCAUCGACUGUGGCUGGAGCGACCACUUCGACCCUACCAUCCUGCAACCCCUCUCCAAGGUAGCAUCAACAAUAGAUGCUGUGUUGCUGUCCUAUCCAGAUACGCUUCACCUUGGUGCCUUGCCAUAUGCCGUGAAACAGCUUGGCCUCUCCGCUCCGGUUUAUGCCACGGAGCCUGCCUACAGAUUAGGUCUCCUCACAAUGUACGAUCAGUUUCUCUCACGGAAGCAAGUAUCAGAUUUUGAUCUGUUUACUUUAGAUGACAUUGACUCUGCUUUCCAAAAGGUGACCAGACUAACCUACUCUCAGAACCAUCAUCUGUCUGGCAAAGGGGAGGGAAUCGUAAUUGCUCCUCAUGUGGCUGGGCAUCUGUUGGGAGGUACUGUAUGGAAGAUAACAAAGGAUGGUGAGGAUGUUAUAUAUGCUGUUGACUUAAAUCAUCGCAAAGAAAGGCAUUUAAAUGGUACUGUUCUAGCAUCUUUUGUGCGGCCGGCUGUUCUAAUAACAGAUGCUUAUAAUGCUCUGAACAAUCAGCCUUAUAGGCGUGGUGACAAGGAGAAUGAAUUUGGAGAAACUAUAAAGAAAACGCUAGGUGCUGGUGGAAAUGUACUCCUACCUGUAGACACGGCUGGGCGAGUAUUUGAACUUAUUUUGAUAUUGGAACAGUAUUGGACGGAUAAAAGUUUGAACUAUCCCAUCUUCUUUCUCACAUAUGUUGCAUCUAGUACCAUAGAUUAUGUCAAGAGUUUCCUUGAGUGGAUGAGUGAUUCCAUUGCAAAGUCUUUUGAACAAAAUCGUGAAAAUCCCUUUCUUCUGAAGAAUGUCACGUUUAUAAUUAACAAGAGCGAACUUGAUAAUGCUCCAGAUGGUCCAAAGGUUGUUAUAGCAUCCAUGGCCAGUUUGGAAGUUGGUUUUUCUCAUGAUAUUUUCGUUGAAUGGGUGUCCGAUGCCAAGAAUCUUGUGCUCUUUACGGAAAGAGGCCAGUUUGCUACAUUAGCUCGUUUACUCCAGGCAGAUCCACCUCCAAAAGCUGUUAAAGUCGCCAUGUCCAAGAGGGUUCCUUUGGUUGGAGAGGAGCUAAUUGCUUAUGAAGAAGAGCAAAACCGAAUAAAAAAGGAGGAAACUUUAAAAGCUACUCUCAUCAAAGAGGAGGCAAAAGCAUCUCAUGGGGCUGAUAUUGAUGCAAGUGAUCCAAUGGUUGUUGACGUUAGCAACACUCAUGCUUUGCCAGAUGUGGCUGGUCCACAUGGUGUUGGAUACCGGGACAUAUUAAUCGAUGGGUUUCUUCCUUCAUCCACCAGUGUUGCCCCGAUGUUUCCCUUUUAUGAAAAUACUUUUGAGUGGGAUGAUUUUGGUGAAGUCAUAAAUCCUGAUGAUUAUGUAAUCAAGGACGAAGACAUGGACCAAACAGGAAUGCAUGUUGGUGGCUAUUUAGAUGGAAAAUUUGAUGAAGGAUCUGCCAGUAUGAUACUUGAUACAAAACCUUCAAAAGUCGUGUCUAAUGAGUUAACAGUGCAAGUGAAGUGUUUAUUGAUUUAUAUGGACUUUGAGGGCCGUUCUGAUGGGCGUUCUAUUAAAUCCAUUCUCUCCCAUGUGGCUCCCCUGAAGCUUGUUCUGGUGCAUGGAUCAGCCGAAGCCACAGAACAUUUGAAGCAACACUGCUUGAAACACGUUUGCCCUCACGUGUAUGCUCCCCAUAUCGAGGAAACAAUUGAUGUUACCUCUGAUUUGUCUGCUUAUAAGGUACAACUUUCUGAAAAGCUGAUGAGUAAUGUGCUCUUUAAGAAGCUUGGAGACCAUGAAAUAGCUUGGGUAGAUGCUGAAGUAGCGCAGACAGAGAGUGGCAUGCUCUCUUUAAAUCCCUGUUCAGCUGCAGCUCCAACGCAUAAAUCUAUUCUUGUUGGUGAUCUAAAAAUGGCGGAUUUCAAGCAGUUUCUCGCCAGUAAGGGCAUCCAGGUUGAAUUUGCUGGUGGAGCCUUGCGAUGUGGUGAGUAUGUGACGCUACGUAAGGUUGGGGAUGCGAGCCAGAAAGGUGGUGGUGCUUCUGGCCCUCAGCAAGUUCUCAUUGAAGGCCCCUUAUGUGAGGAUUAUUAUAAGAUCCGUGAUUAUCUGUAUUCACAGUUUUUUUUGCUUUAAGUCUUCAUUUAACACCUGUUAUCCCAUUUGGUUAAAGCCUUUAUCGGAAAUGGGAGGUACUUCUUGUAAGUGGAGAAACUUAAUAAUUUCCAAGUAUUUAGAAGCCUUUAGUCGCUCA